CAUCAACACAUUCUUUUUUCCAACCUUUUAUUUCUUCAUUCAUUCAUUCAACAUAAACGUCAUUCGACAUUACAUUACAUUCAUUCAUUUCUAACAUCAACGCAAACAUGUUCGGAAGCUUUUCUACUUACUUCGUCACCCUCUUGGCCGCAGCCUCGACGGUUGCCAACGCCGCUGCUACUUCCAAGAACCCUACCUUCACUGGUCUCGGCACCCGAUACGGAGACAGCGAUGGCUGCACUGAGGAGAACUGCUGGCAGAAGGGUGCCUGCAGCUUUGUCGGCUACGACCUGCCUGCUGGUAUUGACGGAUCUACCUGUGUCUCUGAGGAUAUCUGGAAGGAUGGCGCCAACUGCGGUGGAUGCAUUCAGGUUUCCUACAAGGGCAAGUCCCUCAAGAUCAUGGUCACCAACAAGACUGGUGGCGACAAGAACCAUCUCGACAUGACCCCCGCCACCUGGAAGAAGCUCACCAACGGCAUGACCGGUGGCGGUGUCGACGGCAUCAAGUGGAAAUGGAUUGCCUGCCCUCUCAAGUCCCCUCUCCAGGUCCACAUGCACGGUGGCGCCUCCAAGUACUGGUUCGCCGCUACCAUCGAGAACAUCACCCACCGCGUCAAGGCCGUCGAGGUCAGCAGCGACAACGGCAAGACCUGGAAGAAGACCCAGCUCACCGACCCCAACAUGUGGAUCCUCAAGGGUACGCUGCCCAACGACACUGCCUGGGUCCGCGUCACCAGCGUCAACAACAAGAAGGUCGUUGUCAAGAACGUUGCUCUCAAGUCUGGUGUCGUCACCAAGGCCAAAUCCAACUUUUAAAGCAGUUGAGGAGCAUGAUGGAGUGGUGGGGGCAGGGCUAGAGGCUCUGGGGCUGUUUUAUUUCUUGUGUGUGUUGAUAAUGUCAAGCUGGCCUUUAUGGUUCAUAUGAAAAAAGUUUCUUGUAUAUAUAUUCUGCUGGGAUGGACGCUAGAGGUAUCUCUCGGCCCAAUAAUAUGAACCAUAUCUAAUCACUGGC